CUUUACUCCCUAACUACCAGCAGUGGACGUCAGCUCUCCCAGUCAGUCAGUGGGUUACCGAAACAUAGAUCCAGGAACGUCACCAACUACAGGAAUGUCUGGAAAAGUGAAACAUCGCACGGCUGCCAACCAAGCCGAAUCAGCUACGAUAAGUGUCAAUGAAAAGAUCUUGAGGGAAUGCCACUCACUGUAUACGGAACCCGAUAAUGGCUUAGUUGCAGUUGGGGAAAGUUUGGGUUUAAAGUUGUUACCACCUCGUAAGAAAAUUAAUGUUAUGCUAAUGGGAAAUCACUCUGCUGGCAAGAGUUCUUUCAUCAAUUGGUACAUUGAAGAACAUGUCCAGAGAACAGGUGUGGCCAUUGAAACUCAGGGCUUCAGUUUUGUCACCAGUGGUCGUAAACGAGAAUCUCUUACCGGUAAUGCUACACUUCAUCUGUACCCACAUUUUAAACCACUGCAGGAAAUUGAUGGUGUUGUGGAUUACUUGACAACGGAGAUUAGUACCUCCAAACAAAAGAAGUUCAGUCUAGUUACUUUUAUUGAUACACCUGGCCUUGUGGAUGGAGAUAUGAAAUAUCCCUUCGAUGUGAAUCAUUCUAUGCUUUGGCUUGGUGAUUUGUGUGACUUGAUCUUUGUUUUCUUUGACCCUAUUGGUCAAGCAUUAUGUAAAAGAACUCUUAAUAUCGUCGAGCAGUUGAAUGACACGCAUUCAGAGCGCAUCCGUUUCUACCUUUCCAAAGCUGAUGAAGCUGGUCAUGAGAGUGACAGACAAAGGGUAAUGAUGCAGAUUGUUCAAGAGCUCUGUAAGCGUCCAGGACUCAACAAAACUGGUUUUGAAAUGCCGACGAUCUAUAUACCGAAUCCAAAUAAAAGUACAAGAUGUGUAAACCAAAUUGAUGAAGUUUGUAAAGACAUUGAGAAGACAAUCAAUCAAACUAUACAGAACACACUCAAUCAGCUAGAGAAGGAUUGUGAGCAGAUUUCUAAACUAGUUGAUGAUGCUAUUAAAGCAGAUGAUAAUGCACGAUCCUACAACUUCCGUGCUAGGGUCAAGGGGAUUUCAUUAUCAUUGUUUGGUUUUCUUCUGCCUAUUGUACUACUACUACAACUACUGGUGGCUUCUGCUCCAAGAGAGGUCAUCAUGAACUUGCUGGGAGAAUCUGUAGCCCUAUCAGUCAUCAGUUUUAUGGCACCUGCUACUGCUUUCUGGGAAACUAUUUCAGAUGACAAUCAGGUUGUGGUUCUUGGUUCAGUUCUUGCUAUAUCAGGGCUGUGUCUUAUUGUGUCACGGUUCUUAAACAGGUCAAAACCAACUCUACAAAGACGUUCUAGAAAAGUUCUUCUUGAAAAGAGGGAUUAUGUUAAUACCUAUGUUAAAUCUCAAAAGCAAAAACUUUAUUCCGAGUACCUCCAGCAAAGUGUUUCUGAUCAAGAUCUGUAACUGAAUCUUAGGAAUAAAAGUGUUCCUACAAACAUGACAGCUAUAGCUAUAGGAGUACAAAAUCUAUUUUCUACAGAUCACCUUGUGCCUAAACUUUUUUACCCGUUUUUAUGAGUAAGCAUUCUGAAUUUUAAUCAUAUAUUUAAGAGCUAUUCAAAGAUUUACAGUUUUAUACAAGUGGACAAUAAUGAAUUUUUAUAGUAUUAGAACCAGACUGUUUUAGCUUUCAUGUUUUUUUUGUUUACUAUUUGUUUAUUUAAUUUGUUGAUACCAAUGAUUUAUAGUCAAAGUUCAGUACCGGUAUAAUGUAAGAAUGUAUUCUUUUAAUUAAACAAAUAAAUUACUACCUUUUAA